AUGAGUGCGGUUUGGCAAUCCCAUAGGGGCUUUAUACACGAAAGCAAGGUGAAGGAAAAUGCAAAAUGCAGCUCAUCCUCUGGACCUAUCAUCCAAGCCGGCUUCUCCAAAGGGCGCAGCAAGGUGAGCGUCAGAUCAAGCAAACUUGGGCUCUCAUCCAACCAACGUCGACCAGAGGGAUUCCCCCGCACUGUAAAUCAGCACUCAUACCAGCCAAAGCCUUUCCCCAACCCUCAGGAAGUUCAACCCAGUCGAUAA